GAGGGAGGGAGGAGUUGGGUGUUGCCUCGGUCUCUGAGCUAAAGUCCAGGAUUCCCAGUUGAGAUUCAGCCCCGUUACACGUCGAGGAACCCGGUCUGCCGUCUCCACCUUCUCCUGAACUCUGCGCCGAGUAUAUCUAUCUGUCUGACGAACCAUGGGAGUCGAAGGCUGCAGCAAAUGCAUCAAGUACAUGCUUUUCUUCUUCAACUUCAUCUUCUGGCUUGCCGGAGGAGUGAUCCUGGGUGUGGCCCUUUGGUUGAGACAUGAUCCCAAGACAAGCAACCUGCUGGGGCUGGAACUUGAUGGAGCCCAAGCCCCCAACACCUUCUACAUUAGUGUCCACAUCCUGAUUGCUGUCGGCGCUGUGAUGAUGGUGGUCGGUUUCCUCGGUUGCUAUGGUGCCAUCCAGGAGUCUCAGUGUCUGUUGGGAACUUUCUUCGCCUGCCUGGUCAUCCUGUUCGCCUGCGAAGUGGCAGCUGGAAUCUGGGGCUUCAUGCACAGAGACACAGUGUCAAAGGAGAUGAUCACCUUCUAUGACACUGCAUAUGACAAGGCCAUGACACAAAGCCUCGCUGACCCGAACAACAAGCAGCCUGCUACCGCUGUGCUCAAGGUCUUCCAUGAGACGCUGAACUGCUGUGGUAAAGGCCUGGGGACCUCUUUUAUAACAAAGAUCACGGACACAUUAGGCAUGACCGACCUCUGCCCCAGCGGCUCACAAAAAGUUAAUUGCCACCACAGGAUCAACGAGUUGUUCUCAGAUAAGAUUUAUCUGAUUGGUAUCGCCGCUCUGGUGGUUGCAGUUAUUAUGAUCUUUGAGAUGAUCUUCAGCAUGGUGUUGUGCUGUGGGAUCCGCAACAGCCCCGUGUACUGAGGCGCCGGGCUGCCAGCGUCCUCGCCAAUGAAGGAAGGACGACCUCUCCGUCUCGCUCACUUUUCUUUUCUUUUAUAAGCAGGAACCGUCACAUAUUAUUGCUUGCUGGAUUUUAGUCGGCUCGUUGAGAAGACAACAUAAACCAUCCUCCAUUGAGCGUUUUAAUUACACUGUCAAUGAUUUUGUUUUUGUUCGUCACAGAUGCUGUUAUGCAUAAUUGACCAGUACUAUCCUAACCUGAUAUGUAGAUAUUAUAUUACACUGUCACAUUGAAUUACUUCCACCAGUCCUGGUGCUCUAAUCCUUUAGGGAUUCAUUAGUUGUUUACUGCCUCCUUGCCUAUGAACAUGCUCUUAUAUUCUUGGUUUUAAGGAUGUUUUUUUUCACUGUUUUAUGUAUAAACUGUAUAUAAAUAUAUAUUAACAGUGCUUUAUGACUGCAUGAGCAUGGAUACUACAGUAAAUUCUUGUAUUCUUCCUGCACUAUGCUUAUAUGUCUUGCCCUAGACCGAACCAGAUGAUGGUGUAUAAGACCGGCACUAGUGUUGGCCUCACCAUGCUGCAUAGAGGUGAACAUACACAAACACACUUCCCCGUCCGACAGAUCAUUGUCUCGGUUCACAUCCACAUCAAUGAGAGGAUUUAUACCAUCUCUCAUGUCUUUAGGCUAAAUAUGAAGCUACAGCUAGCAGGUGAUUAGCUUAGUUUAGCAGAAAGACUAGAACAAAGGGGAAAUGAGUGCUGGAAGUAUUUUUCUCCAGGUGCAGUGACGUCUGGAGUCUUGUCAUCGUGAGUUGGCAGGUGGAAAGUCGCACCGGGCCGAGAAAUAGUUCCAGCAAGUCGCUCCCCUUAAGUGUUACCCAUAAUAAUGCCAAACAGUCAUAUUCAACUCCCCAUAUUGUUACAUUUGUCAGAUUCACAAAUGAAUGGUGUUUUUCAGGGCUGUUGUAUUAGAUUAGAUAUUUCAAGUGUUCAUGCUUUUGUAUCUGCUCCCUUCAACUUUAUUGUGUAAUAGUCUCAGACUACUAACUGCAGUGCUAAUAUUUGUGGUAGUAGAGGGCAGUGCAGUCACAUGAAAACUGUUGAUCUAAAAUCAGACUUAAAGGUGCCAUAUUUUACACUUUUCCUGUGUUGUAUUUGAAGUGUCGAUCCAUAAGAAGAUAUAUUUGUGGUUUUAAGCCAAAAACCAUCUGAAUGUAGUUUUACAUCUCCUCUCUCAGGCUUCUCUCUGGAGCUCUAGCAACAACAGGUCGGUGAACCAAUCAGAAGAGCGGAGGCUCUGACAGCUGAGAGCAGUGACUGUUUUGUUGUGACAUCAUAAAGUUACAGAAGUCCUGACAGCUCAUUAUAAAGCUCAUUUCUCAAUUUCUAUGUGGACUGAGCGCUUUGAUACUUUCACAGUAUUAGUAACCUAGACCUGCUUUAUAAUCAAAACACACAUGGAAAUCUGACUUCAUACAAUAUGGGACCUUUAACUGCUGCUUUAAGUUCCACCAAUUAGAGAACUGCCAUCUGGCAACUGAACAUCCAGUGGAAUUUUUUAUUCCACUACAAAGGCUUGAAGUAUUUGGUCCUGAGGUCUGUUCCUGCUAGAUGCAUCUGCCACUGACACUAACUCUUCAGCACUGCAACGCAUCAUCAACUCACACACUCACCGAAAAUCUUGCCAUCUUGUGUAACCUCCCAUAUUAUCACAGUGUGUGUCAACCAACUAAAAACCUUGUAUUGUUAACAUCUCUUACUUAAACUGAGAAACCGUAAAAGUGUCUUGUAAUAGUUACAGCUCUGAAGUAUUGUACUAAUGAAAAUAAUGAAGGCUGUAAAAAGACAAUGUAUGCCUUUUUUUCUCUUUGUAUUGUGAUAUCUUUGUCUGGUACGUCAUCACAGGAGUCUGAACAGGAAGGGUGGAAGACUGUGCAAGUGGCAACUGAGAGGAAGUCGAACUGUCAAUAUAUGUCAGUACAUCAGCUGGUUUCUCCCCAGAAAUCAUUAACUAAAAUAUGACACCCAUCAGUCCAGAAUUCCCCAGUGAUAAGGGCGAUAGCUGUGUUUCUCUGUCCGUGUUGCUGCCUUUUCAAUUUUGGUAACUGACAGUCAGGAGCCACUGCCAUUUAGAUCUCAACCCAUCGCUACUCUCUAGACUUCGGUUUGCCCAAAUAUAAAGGGAUUAAAUGUAUUUUACAAAUAAACA